UUUGCGUACGCACUCAGUAAAAUCGAGCACUAGGAACAGUUGAUACGUAAUUCGGUCCAGAAAGAAGCAAACAAGUGCCGGCUUUUUUUCAAAAAAUGACUCUUUAGAUUUCGGUAAUAGGUGAUGUGUUUGUGGUAACUUUGUGGCCAUUUGAAGGUACAGUCGGGGCGGACGCCCGAGACCACUUCGGAGACGAUACAAAAGGGCGGCGAGGAAACUCGGUGCCGAUGAUUUCCGCAGGUUUGGAGGGACGAUUGCCCUAUAUGACCUACCCAGAGCCUUGGCGUGGGCCGCCCAAGCAGCCUCCGGAAUUUCUUAGGCCUGCUCCCAAGCCAGUACCCCCAACUAGCCGUUACAAUGGGGUAAGCACACCGGCCAACGGAAUGCGCCUGGCUCCAUCUCAGCACUCCCUCAGCAAGUACCCUUCGCCUGCAUCGAUAACAACUCCCGUCAACCUCACCCAGCAGAAAGAUGAACUCGUCGAAGAGCUUCCGUACUACCGGCUGUACACAGCCCCACCUCAUCUCUCCCAUUUCCCUCAAUUCACCACCAUGUACCAGAACCCCUACACUCCGAUAAUCCGUUCGACAUUUCCCACUACCUCCCUGCCACCCUUGGAGACGUACUCUCCUACCACUCCCACUGCAAUCACGUCAACGUUCCUAUCACCCCCGUCCACUUUCAGUCCUCCGUCACCGGUUAAACCUGGCCAAAGUGUUCUAAGAGAUUCAAGGGUUCCGACCCAGACGACAGCACAAAUUCAGUCCAAUCAUCAGUCAGUAGCCUUCAAGGUGCCCUCGGGGAAAGAGGGAUCCUUAAAACAUAGGAUACUUACAAGGCCGGAGGAUAGCAGCCGAAAUCUUGCACCUUUAGAUUUACAAAAGCCUGUGGAAGCACAGAGAAAAAGGCUCAAUGCGACCAUGUCGCCUCCCAGGUCACCCAAGAAACCUAUUAAUAAUAAUAACACAGUUCCGAGCAAUUUCACAAAAGGAUCUCUUAUACAACUUGCCAAUGGCGAGCUGAGGAAAAUUGAGGACAUGAGGACUGAGGAUUUUGUCUCUUCGGCCGAACACAGCCCGGAAUUGAGGCUAGCGGAGAGCACGGUGGUAAGGAUAGAGGAGAACCACGCCACCGGAACUGCCACCAUUACGCUUAGUUACAAUCAGAGACGCACACAGGUUGAUGUGGAGUCAACGACGGAGCACCCCUUCUUCGUGUUUGGCCAAGGCUGGGCAUCGUACAAUCCUGAAAAAACUCAGCAGUGCUACGGACUGAAAGUGCACCGUUUGCAAGUGGGCGAUAUUUUGAUCUCGCUGACACCCCGGGAGCACUUUAGUAGCGUUCCGUCGACUCGUAGUACGACCAUCAUGACGACAGCAACCAGCACAGCGAUGACAGUGCGCCCUUUGUCCCUGGACAGCAUGCCGAAAAUUCACCACGACAAAAUCGACCAAACAAAUAGUCAAAUGCAUCCAAUCAAUUUACACACCGCAAGCCAUCCACCGCACACGCUGUCGCCCGAGGGGCGCAAAAGGUCCGCCCUUGAACAAAUCUGUGAUGACGAAGAACAGCACUCGAUGAGGAGAAGAGUCGAAUGAAACUUUGCUACUUUUAGGGUAUUACAAGGUGACUGUGAAGGUUUCAAAAACUUAACUAAUUAAUUCACUGUGGGAUAGACUGUUUUCAAUACUAGAUCAAUGCUUCUGAAAUGAUAUUAUCCCGCCUUGUUAGCUCAUGUUGAAAUAACCCAUUAAAGACAACCGGUGCGACCACAGUUGACUCAUGCAAAUUCGAUACUUGCUAUUUUUACGUUUUACAUGCUUGAAAUGCACUUACAUCGGGGUACCGACACGUUUUACAAUUGUUGGCGAACUUGCAUGGCUAUAAAGAAUUUUUCUGUGCUUGAAAAGUGUUUAAUGUCAACUUUAUAGUCAAGUUUUAGCGAUAUUUGUAAAGUUUAUCCGAAGUGUAUGAUGCAAUUUAGGAGAUUCAGCAAAUUUAUUGCUCUCUACUCAUUUCGCAAAUAUUGAACUUGCAAGCUGGUUGCACUUAUUGACCGACAGAAUGAUAUUACAGUUAUAUAAGCGCAUUGUAUAUUUGUAAAUAAAAGUUGCAUAAAGGGUUCUUUCAAAAUUAGCAAGUUCAUGUUAGGGAUUAUUGUUGUUUUGCACUUGUUUUCAACAUUUCAGGUGCAGAAGUACAAACAACAUAAAUCCUCUGGUAAUUGUGCUAGUGCAAUGGAAUUAUCUAAAAUGUAAAUUUAGAUUUCUCAUGACAAUAUAAGACAGGGCAGGAUGUAGCAAACGUCGCUGUGCCGAUUAUGAACUGGAGUAUUAUGUAGAGUGAUAAUGUACUGACAAGAACAGUUGAUUUAAAUGAAAGUUUUGAAUACGUAGAGGACUAUGGUAGUAGAAAACUGCUACUGUCGAUCUCAAAAAGAGUUGUGUGAUAGAAAUGCUUUUAAUGUUGUUCACAAAGAUCUGUAUUUUAUUUACUAUGGAUUUUCAUAAAUGAUCAUGCACGAACUGAUGUGAAGCAACAGCGCCACCUCUUCCGGUUGUUGACCAAAUUGAAAAGAUUUGAUGGAAGGUGGCGCCGCUGCUGCUGAUAAUAAAUAAUAUAUUUAGCGUUCGUUACUUAUGUAAAAUUUUUACUCUAGAGUAUUGAAGAAUAACAAUUGAUUAUCUUGAGUGAGAGGAAUCAAAUCUUAUUGCUUUUUAAUGUUGUUUAUAUUGAUUUCCAUGUGAAUUCUUGGCUGUGAUACAGUAAAGUAUGUGGAAUGAACGACACUUCCCUCCAUGUCUUUAUUUUAAAGAUCGUAAUUAUAUUACAAGUGUGAAUUGUACGUUAUUAUAAGAUUAUCGUAACAUAUACCUCACUCUGUGCUUUUUCUACAUUGACGAUUAUCCCUAAAUGCUUGUAAUUCAGAUCGUUCAAAUGAUUACGUUAUUUGGUAACAAGAAUUGUUAUUUAUUGUGUAUAUACAGAAUGUCUUAGAUAAAUUAAAUUUAAUGUUAAGUUAAUUAAGUAGGAGGUGUUAAAUUUAACCGCGCUUGAAAAAUUGUUGUUUGUAAAUAUGCCAUGAUUGAAAUAAAAUUUGUCGCUUGUUAAGUUUGACGUCCUCCGCAAAUGUUUUACAAUUAAAUGUGAUUUAAUGUGUAAUUUGUUGGGCAUUCUGUGAUAUUUGCCUUCAAAAUUUUUACGAUUUCAUAAUCAGUAUUCUGAAAGGUAAUUGUUAUGAAAUGGUUCAUUUUAUUUACCAGUUCUUUUUGCCAAACGCUAAGUUUUUAGAUUUCGGUAAGCUCAACUAAAUUAGCUACAGAGUUAUAAUGUUAUUGCGUUUUAAUUUAGACAAAUUUGAAAUGGGUAGGAAACUACGUCUAAUUAAAUGAAGAGAAGACAAUGAUUAUUGAAGUGCCUUGAAUGAAGGGUUCUCCUUCAAGAAUGUUAUUUACCUAUGUAGAGGAUCUAUGAAACAAGCUAACAGAUAUGUACAGAUACAUAUAUAUUAUUUUACAGAUACAUGUACAGUGUGCCAUGUUGUUGAAUUGUAAGGCCGGAUGGCAGUGCAGUCAAACCAAUAAAAUAUAUAAUAUGUACUAAAAA